AGGUUUAUUCUGUCUUUGCAGCAGCAGAAAAGAGUUAUAAAAGCUUGAGAAAAGCCCCCAGCUUUUACUCCUUUGUCUACGCCCUUCAUAAUGCCUUAAACUAAACCCUUCUCUUCUAUCUCCGGCCACCGUUUAUCUUUUCUCAAUAACCUCAAACCUUAUUAUAUUAUUCGGAAAGAGACACGACAAUGAUAACGUUGUUGGACUUGUACCACGUUCUGACAGCGGUGGUGCCGCUCUACGUGGCGAUGAUCCUCGCCUACGGCUCCGUGAAGUGGUGGAAGAUCUUCACCCCGGACCAAUGCUCGGGAAUAAACCGGUUCGUGGCACUCUUCGCAGUGCCCCUCCUCUCCUUCCACUUCAUCUCCACCAACAACCCCUACGCCAUGAACUACAAGUUCAUCGCCGCGGACACACUCCAAAAAGCCAUAGUCCUCGCAGUGCUCUUGGUUUGGUCCAGAACAAGCUCAAGAGGCUCACUUGAAUGGUCCAUAACACUCUUCUCUCUCUCAACUCUCCCCAACACCUUGGUGAUGGGUAUCCCGUUGCUGAAGGGCAUGUACGGUGAUGACUCGGGAACACUAAUGGUUCAGAUUGUGGUGCUUCAGUGUAUCAUCUGGUAUACCCUUAUGUUGUUUCUUUUCGAGUAUAGGGGUGCGAGGCUUUUAAUAGUGGAGCAGUUUCCUGAUACAGCGGGUUCGAUUAUCUCCUUCAAGGUUGAUUCGGAUAUUAUUUCGUUGGAUGGGAAGGAGCCGCUUCAGACGGAGGCGGAGGUUGGUGAUGAUGGGAAGCUUCACGUCACGGUGAGAAAGUCGGCGAGUUCGCGGUCGGAGAUUUUUUCUAGGCGCUCGCACGGUGGCCUGAACUCGGUGUCGUUGACUCCGAGGCCUUCCAACUUGACCAAUGCGGAGAUUUACUCGCUGCAGAGCUCCAGGAACCCCACGCCCAGAGGCUCGAGUUUUAACCACACGGAUUUUUACUCCAUUGUGAAUGGUGGUGGUGGGAGGAACAACAACGUGAGUGUGAGUCCGAGGCAGAGUAAUUUCGGGGCGUUUGAUGAGGAGAGUGGUGGGGGUAUGAGGGUGAAUGGUGGGUACCCUGGGCCUGCGAAUGCGGGGAUUUUUUCUCCGGUGGCGAAGAAGAAGGGUGGUGAGAGUGGUGGUGGUGGUGGUGGUGGUGGAGGGAAGGAUCUGCACAUGUUCGUGUGGAGUUCCAGUGCUUCGCCGGUGUCGGAGGGUGGUAUCCAUGCCUUUAGAGGUGGUGGGGAUUACGGGAGUGACCAGCUUCCCGUUUGUGGGGUGGCUCACCAGAAAGAUUAUGAUGAGUUUGGUCACGAUGAGUUUAGCUUCGGGAACAGAACCAUUGCUAAUGGGGUUGACAAGGAAGGGCCAGUGCUUUCAAAGCUUGGUUCGAGUUCCACGGCUGAGCUUCACCCCAAAGCACAAGGUGAAUCCAAACCUACUUCCAUGCCACCCACAAGUGUUAUGACAAGGCUCAUUUUGAUCAUGGUUUGGAGGAAGCUGAUUAGGAACCCCAACACAUACUCCAGCCUCUUUGGUCUCACUUGGUCUUUGAUCUCAUUCAAGUGGAAUGUUGUUAUGCCAGCAAUUGUUGCUAAAUCGAUAUCAAUUUUAUCUGAUGCUGGUCUUGGGAUGGCAAUGUUUAGCCUUGGGUUAUUCAUGGCAUUGCAGCCAAAGAUUAUUGCAUGUGGAAACUCGGUUGCUUCCUUUGCUAUGGCAGUUCGUUUUCUUACUGGUCCUGCAGUCAUGGCUGUUGCUUCAAUCGUUGUAGGGCUCAGGGGAGUUCUAUUGCACAUUGCUAUUGUACAGGCUGCUCUGCCUCAAGGGAUUGUCCCUUUUGUGUUUGCUAAGGAAUACAACGUUCAUCCUGACAUACUAAGCACCGGGGUUAUAUUUGGGAUGCUAAUUGCUCUUCCUAUUACGCUAGUUUACUACAUUUUGCUUGGGCUUUGAAGCAUGUUGAGGAAGCGAAAAAGGAAUCAAGUCAUGAAGAUUAAAAAAAAAGACUAAUUGCAGUGUGGAUCAAACUACCCUUUUGUUAUAUUUAUAGGUUAAUUUUUUUGGCAUCUUCUAACAAUGGUAGAAUUUCGAAAUGAAGUUAGUGAGAGGGGGGGAGUGUGACCUUGUAAUUAAUCUCCAAACACAAAAACAAUGGUGAGAGUUGAAAUGGAAGCAAGGAGAUAGUAGUAUAUUUUAGGGCUAUAGCUAGCUUCUAGGAAACUUUUAUUUUGGUGGUUUUAGCCUUUUUUACUGUGAACCCCACUCUCUUAUAUUUUGCUUCGUUUAAUGGAAAAAAAGAAGAGAAAGUGAAGCUUGUUUGUAGUUGUCGACACCUUUCUCUUUCUUUUCACAAGUACUUCUACUUUUUAUAGGCCAAAAAGAGCAUGAGGCCGAUCGGGAAUCUCAA